AUGCAGGCCCACCAGGCGAUGCUUCCCCCGCAGGACUCCAAGCGCGGGACAUACGGCGGCGCGCGUGGCCGCCGGGCCGCCAGUCUUUUGAUGGAGUCCCCAGCGUCGUCUGUCCCACCGGUGGGCAUCGUCUGCCCGCCGAAGAACCCGAAGAAAACCGACGGCUCCCGGCGGUCGGUCUUCGAGGUGUUCAAUGAGUCCCGCCCGGCCGGCCCGGGGCCAUCCGGGCUAUCCGGUGCGCCGAUCCUCGCCGCGGAGGACACCCCGACGGCGAUGCCGGCAACCACCAUCCGCUCCCCCCCGGGUGUCAUGAUGCCUGGCGGCGAGUCGCCCGGCGGCGCGCACCUGCACCCGGCGGCCAAAGGCGCAGGGCCUUUGGCCUCGCCCCCGGAGCCAAAGGCCCGACGCAAGGCCGAGCCAGUGGGUAACUAUCUCCUCGGCGACCUGCUUGGCAAGGGCCAGUUCGGCCGGGUGUAUCGCGGUGUCAACUCCGAGUCCGGCCAGUUUGUGGCCAUCAAGCAGCUUCGCUCGGGCAAGAUGGACGAGUCGAUCCUCUCCUCGUUCGAGGCCGAAAUCAAGCUGCUCGAGCGGCUGAACAACGAAAAUGUCGUGCGCUACCUCGGCGCCAUCCGCACCCGGCGCCACCUGAACUUGGUCAUCGAGUACUGUGACGGUGGCAGUCUCCAGGACUUGCUCAAGAAGUUCGGCCGCCUGCCCGAGCGCCUGGUGGCCGUGUACAUCCUUCAAACCCUCAACGGGUUGUCAUACCUUCACCAGGAGGGUGUCAUCCACCGGGACAUCAAGGGCGCCAACAUCCUCCUGACCAAGGGCGGCCUGGUCAAGCUGGCCGACUUCGGCAUUUCCAUGAACACGGCCGGCGAUGGGAAUGGAACCAUCUCGGCCGCUGCCGGGCGCCGGUCGGCCGACGACGAGGACGACUUCAAUGCCGGUGUCGGGUCCCCCUACUGGAUGGCGCCGGAGGUCAUCCAGCUGGAGGAUACAAUCACCGCCCGGGCGGACAUCUGGUCUCUCGGCAGCACGGUCAUCGAGCUGCUGACCGGCGAGCCGCCCUACUUUUCCUUCCAGCCCAUGGGGGCCAUUGUGCGUAUCGUGCGCGACGAGCAUCCCCCCCUGCCGGAGCUGGCCUCGCCCGGGGUCAAGGCCCUCCUGCUGCGGUGCUUCCAGAAGGACCCCUCGCGGCGGGCCUCGGCCCAGGAACUCCUGCAGCAUCCCUUCUUCACGGCGGCCGUGCUGGACGCGCCGGAGGAGCCGGGCUCCGAAGCCGGCAGCACCGGCCCCAGUACCCCGACGCAGGCCGGCUCGCCGGUCCUCGAGGGGGUUGGCAGCCCUGGCGGCCCGGGCCCCGGGGCCGGGGCCAUCUCCAGUCCGGGCCCGGCGCUCGGCGUGUCGGCCGGCCGGCGGGCCUCCCGCGUGGCGGCCCUGCCGCUUGGCUACUCGGCCAGUGGCUUCCCGAAUUUGGUCAUCCCGUCGGCCGGCGGCGGGGCCACCGGGACCGAUCCCUCCUCGCCGGUGGUCGGCGGCAUGCCGCCCCCCUCGCCGUUGACGCGCACCCUCUUCCCCCCGCCCGGGGGGGCCGGUGGGCACUCUCGCAGUGGGUCCGGGUCUUCCCUGCCUCCGGGUCCCGGGGACAAGAGCCUCCUAUCGUCGGCUAUGGCCAUGGCGGCGAAUGCCAGUGCCGAUCUCGGGGGCUUUGCCCAUGGGAAGCCCUUCUCGUCUGGUAUCCAGUUCGGUUGCAUCCGCAUCUACGGCGACACCAUCCGGCCGGACUCCCCCUUCAAGACCAUCUACGUGGCCGAGACAACCACGGCCUCGGAAGUGGUGGCCCUGGUCCUGCGCAAGUACUCGGACCACUUGCCCCUGGACAUGUUCAGCCUGUAUCAGGAGCGCCCGGACACCGGGGAGAUCCGCCAGCUGCCGGACACGGCCCAGCCCCUGCGCCUGAUCAUGGGGGCCGUCGAGCACCUGGGCGCCGACUCGCCCUUCAACCGGGCCCGGCGGCAGACCUCGCAGGCCGGCGGCCUGGGUGCCACCGGUGGUCCCGGGGGCGUGAGCGGCGUCUCGCGCGAGGUGACCAUGGCCGCCACCCUGGCUCUGGAUUUCAAGCUGUCGGUGCGCGCGCAUGGGCAGUCGUACCUCGGGGCCGGCGGGCCGCAGGACGACCUUGGGUCGCCCUUUUCCGAUGGGCGCUUCAUCGAUGGCAUCGUCCGGCACCGGUCCUUCGGCCGGCACGCGCCGACGGCCCCCUCCCCGGACAUCGGGGCCCCCUUGUACUUGAUGGCCGGCGAGGCGCCGGAGGCCGCGACCGGGCGCAACUUCGGCCUAUCCUCCCUGGCGACGCGCGACGACGCGGCCGACUCCUCCUGGACCGAGCGCCGGCUCGUGGUCAACUGGAGCCAGCGGUACAUUGCCCUGCUGAAGACCGACAAGCAGGCCUCCACUCCGGUGUAUGUGCUGCACAGCCUGGCCGCCGUCCGGGGGGCGGUCCAGCUCCGGCUGGACACCCAGCGUAACAUCUACGAGUUUGCCAUCAUCGAGCGUCGGCGGACCCCGGCCCCGGCCCCGGUGCUGGUGGCGGCCCCCUCGCAUGGCGGUGGCGGUGGUGGCGGUGGCGGCGCCGGGGCCGGGGCCGGUGGCCCGCUCGGGGGCGGCCCCCUCGGCGGUGGGGCCCUCGGCGGUGGGUCCGGGCCUUCCCUGGCCGGUGGGACGCUGGAGCAGUUUGCCGCGCCGACCGGGCCCAGUGGCUCCGGCGAGGCGGGCCCUGGGGCCGGCGGUGCCGGGCCCGGCGGCCCCGGCGGCCCCGGCCCCGAUGCCGGCUACUUCAGCACCCCCGGCAGCGAGUGGACCUACCACAAGCUGGUCCUGCGGACCUCCUCGGCCCAGGAGCUGACCGCCUGGAUCACCAUCAUCCAGGCGGCCACGGCCGAGUCCGACUCCAACACCCUCUACUGGUCCGGGGGGAUAUCGCGCGCCGGAUUGGCCGCCACAUCGGUGGCCACCGAGUCCCGACUUGCCGGGUGUGCCGGCGCGGCCGGCACCGCCAGCGCCCUUCGCACCGGGCAGGACUGCCUCUUUUUCGAUGACCACAGCCAUGGCUUUGAUGGGUGGAGCCUGCCCUCUUCGGUCGGGACGGAUCCCGGCCCCGCCCUCGGUGUCACGGUGUUGUUGGUCUUUUUCCCCGCGCCUCAGGCCUCCUCGGCGCCGAUUGUCCGCGUUCCCUCCGGCCCUUUUGUGGGGACACCAAGAUGA